CGGCGGUGUGUAAGGGUCAGUAUUUAAAGAAAAAUGUCUCCGAAAAAAGUCGAGUUGUUUGAAAGCGCCAGCCGCAGUUUGGCACGAGAAACGGGCAUACCACCUCGCUAAGCUUCUGACUGUCUGGAUCGAAAUGGAGCUUGGUGGCGAUUCUGCAAAAGUAUUUGACCCACCUCCACCAUAUAAUUUACAGGUGGAUGGAGGCGCAACCACAAAUCUUGCUUACAUGCCCGAUAAGACUGACAAUGACGAUAUAGUAAUAAGUGUGGACGAAAAGACAACUGAUGGAAUUCCAGGAAAGGAAGAAGCUGAACAGGAGGAAGAUCCUUGGAAAAUUACCAAUUUUUAUGUCAAGGUUGUCCCCUGGUCAGACUUAACGACAUGCGGUAAAGUGAAACGUGUUCUGUGGGAUUACUUUGGAAAGUUUGUGUGCUUACUGGGGUUGCUUUACAUGUUCAUCUGCUCCCUCGAUUUUCUUGGCAACGCCUUCAAACUGAUUGGUGGCAGAGCUGCAAGCUCAGUAUUUUCUGAGAGCGAGGUUCUUUCUAACCCCGUGGCUGGUCUUAUGAUAGGUAUCCUAGCAACAGUUUUGUUUCAAUCUUCAUCAACAACGACUUCCAUCAUUGUCAGUAUGGUGGCUGCUAAACUUGUUCCUAUUCGAAAUGCUAUACCAAUGGUCAUGGGAUCUAACAUCGGUACAUCUGUGACAAAUACUUUAGUAUCCAUUGGACAAAUAGGCAACCAGAAUGAAUUUCGACGUGCAUUUGCUGGGGCGACUGUUCAUGACAUGUUCAACUGGCUCACAGUUAUCAUACUGUUACCUCUAGAAUCUUUGACGGGGUAUCUUUACCACUUAUCAGAGAUGACCAAAAACAGUAUGAAUUUAGAAAGUAGCACCGGGGGUGAUCAAGAAUUCCUGAAAACACUUACAGAACCAUUCACAACACUUAUUAUUCAGGUAGACAAGAAGAUCAUUGAACAAAUUGCGCAUGGAAUUCCAGAAGCCAUGAAUAAAUCCAUCAUAAAGCAUUGUUGUGUGAAAGAAGAUGUUGAAGUGACAAAAUGGAAUACAUCGACACAUUGGAAUUACUCCUAUACCGAUUCAGAGAGCGUUUGUCUUGAAAAAUGUAAAUACUUGUUUGAAGGCGUUGCGGACAGUUGGGGUGAUACAACCGUUGGCAUCGUGUUGUUAGUCGUCGCCUUGGUAAUACUGUGUGCCUGCCUCAUUCUGAUUGUAAAAACACUUAAUUCUAUGCUGAAGGGAAAAAUAAGUUAUAUCCUAAAGAAGUUCGUCAAUGGAGACUUUCCUGGCAAACUGGCUUAUUUCACUGGAUACUUGGCUAUAUUGAUAGGGACAGGUUUAACUAUCCUUGUACAGUCAAGUUCUAUAUUUACCUCUGCGUUAACACCAUUGGUUGGAAUUGGCGUGAUAUCUGUAGAACGAAUGUACCCAUUGACACUCGGAGCCAAUAUCGGCACAACAACAACAUCUGUCUUGGCAGCCCUUGCACAGAGCGCAGAGGAUAUUCCACUAGCCUUACAAAUAUCGCUGGUACAUCUUUACUUCAACAUUUCAGGCAUAUUGCUUUAUUUUCCAAUACCAUACCUUCGAUUUCCUAUUGGAAUGGCCAAGGCACUUGGAAAUGUUACCGCACACUAUCGUUGGUUUCCGAUCCUUUAUCUUAUUUUCGGUUUUUUCUUACUUCCGGGCGCUAUUUUUGGACUUUCAUUGAUUGGUUGGCAAGUCAUGACAGGAAUAUGUGGACCAAUCGUUUUUGUUCUGGCUAUCGUAGUCGUGAUAAAUAUUCUACAAAGAAAGGCGCCAAAAUGUCUUCCUAAAAUCUUACGUAACUGGAUGUUCCUACCAGAACCAUUGCGAUCACUUGAUCCGUUAGAUCGUAACAUUAAAAAACUGACAGUGUUUUGCAGGUGCUGUUGUAAAAAUAAAAACAAACCGGAGAAUGAAACGAAAGAAGUGAAAGAAGCUGAAUUUCAAAAGACUGAAUUCACUAAGUUGUAAUUGAAAAUCUCUCAUUGCAAUAUAAAUACAAAUGUAUAUUUAUAAAGAUCUGAUUAAGUUUUGUUACUGUGUAAAAUUUCUGGUAUGGGUGUUGUAUCAAUUAUUUGAUAAAAAAUGUCAGAAAACAUUUACAAAACACUUUUAAUGAAUUUUAGUUACCGAA